UGCACUUCAAGUCUAAUGAAUACCUGUAGCAGAUUAAAUACAUUGGACGCCGUUUUUCCUCUCACCAUUACUGCGAACGCGAACUUACUUUCGUUUCAAUAUGAUGCACAUGUAAACCUAUUAAAUUUUUCUUUUGUUUUGGAACAAGACCCCUACUUUUUAUCGCGUGUGGCCCCUGGGAGGCGUUAGUAACCGAUAAAUGCCGGGAUUCCUUUCGGGGUUUGAACCAGUUAGGCCACCAUACAAACAAACUAGUGUAACAGUGACGUAAACCAACCCGUGUUUUUGCAGUGCUGAACUGCUAAGUAGCCGGCUAGCAAACGUUAUUCCUUCUACAUUCAUGCCAGCCACCUUACUGUUUAGACAACGUGAGUUCUCUGUAGUAGAAAAGAGUUUCUGAUCUUAUUUGCAUGUUUAAGUAGUAUGGAGGUUGAAAAUACAUUCAGACAAUGGAAGAAACAGUGUUUGAACAAGAUGGACUUCAGCAAGAAAGGAAGUGUUGAUGAAGACAUUGAAAACAUUGUUAGUAUGUUAAACGAUUCUGAGAAGUAUUUCACAACGAGCUCCUGCUCCGGACGAAUAAUAGUUAUAGACGGGGUUUCGGACUCUCUGGAUGUGCAAAAGCAGGACUGUUCCUGGCUUUUUGUCACUCACCAGAAAUGCCAGAAGAUGGAUUUGGUCUCGGCUUUGGAGAGGUCGUCAGGAGAUGUCAUCUUUAAGUUUGAACCCUUUGUUCUUCACGUGCAGUGCCGACAGCUGGAAGAUGCCCAACUUCUGCAUUCUGUGGCAAUAAAUUCCGGCUUCAGAAACUCUGGAAUAACCGUUGGCAAGAAGGGUAAAAUAAUAAUGGCUGUGCGCAGUACCCACUGCCUUGAAGUUCCACUCAGCCAUAAAGGACAGGUCCUGGUGAGCACGGACUACAUUGAGUUCUUGGUGGAGGUAGCCAAUCAAAAAAUGGUAGAAAACCUCAGAAGAAUAGAAAGAUUCUUUGAAUGCUUGCAGUCUGCAGUGCGUCAUGAAGACCCUCAUUGCAAGAGCACAGACGUUAAGGAGGAGAAAUCGGUGUACAAGAGACGAAGGAAAAGGACACAGGAUGGUGGAGGGCAGGCCUGUCAGAGUAACAAAGACUCCGCCCUCAGUGAUGAGGAUAAUGGGCUUGGUAAUGGAAUGGACCUGUUCACAUAGGCACUCUCCAAUUUGG